CCAUCUCGGCAUCUCGCUGCCGGGCGCCUCAGCAGCCCCCUCGCUCCGUGGCUCGUCUUCCUCGCGCGAGUGCCGCCACUGCUCCCUCCCCAUCCCGCUGCCUAGCGCCCCAGCCCGCCGGCUCGUCUUCGUCCUUGCGCGAGCCCUCCACCGCAGGUUUUAAAGUUAUGACGAGAUCUCCAAGAGCCCGAAACGUCCCAGCUCAUCGAAGCAUGUCAUCCUUGUCUGACGCUCGUUCCUGCUUUUGGAAGACAAAAGGAACAGACGAACCAAAUGAUUUGCCAUUGGCCUGUGAGAAAAGAGAAUGGAAAGGCGCCACUUGCCCAGUUUGCUUGGAGCAUCCACAUGAUGCCGUCCUCCUCCUCUGUACUUCUCACCACAAGGGUUGCCGACCAUAUAUGUGUGGCACCAACUACCAUCACUCUAACUGUCUUGAACACUUCAAAGAAGCUUACGCAAAGGAGAAAUUGGCCCUUGGUGUUUCUACUGAGUCUGCCCGUAGCCUUUCAGACACACCACCACCAAGCAAACAACUGUGUGCAAUGGAACUUGCAUGCCCUCUGUGCCGUGGGGAGGUUAAAGGGUGGACUGUGGUUGAACCGGCUCGUCAUUAUCUCAACCGCAAGAAGAGAGCCUGCAUGCAUGAUGGAUGCCAAUUUGUUGGUUCAUAUAAAGAACUUUGCAAGCAUGUGAGCUCCAAACACCCUUCAGCAAAACCUCGUGAAGUUGAUCCUGCACUUGCAAGUGAGUGGAAAAAGUUUGAAUGUGAGAGAGAGCGCCAGGAUGCAAUCAGCACUAUCAGGGCCACGAACCCAGGAGCUGUCAUUAUGGGGGAUUAUGUGCUUGAGUUGAAUGGUGGCAGUAACAACAAUUUGUUCACUGAUGGAGAUGAAUUUGACUUCGAGGAGAGACUCAACUUCUUCACGUCCUUAGAUCGCACUCUGAGUGAGAGGAUUGAGUUCUCUGAGUCAUCUGAUGGUAGUUUGGAUGAGAGCAUUGACUUCCUGGCAUCCUUAUUUAGCCGUGGCAGACGAAUUGCCAGCGGAGAUUCACACAGCAGGGCUUACAGAAGGCACAGGGAAAGGCCUAGGCGUAAUUACUCGACUAAUUCAGUUGGUGCUUCUGAAAUUCAGCAAGAUUCAGCUAAUACUCAAAGGGGACAGCAAGUUGCUGCUGUUCGGACUGUAGGGAGAGCUCAUCGGCGGCUCCAUACUACGGUGACAAAUGUAACGUCAACAAGUGGCAGCUGAAAGAUGAAAUCAUGGUGGGGUUUCUUCAAUCUAUCCAUGUGUGUGGGAGGCAAAAAUAAUGCGUUGUGAUGGCUCCAAGGUUCAUCAUCAGGCCGUUCCUUCCGUUUUGUUUCAUUCCUGAGAGCAAACAGAGGAUACAGGUUGGACUGAGAUCUCUGUUCGGCGAUGCCCGUGCCUGCAUGAUAUGAUUUGCAUACAUCUUUGCGCCAAAGCAGUGCUUUUAUUUCCUGUGCUGCCUUGCAUGGAUUUUGAUGUGAAUGCCCUGACCCUUUCUUUGCUUUGCUUUGCUUUCUCGAUCGAAGUGAACUGUGGACUUGUUAUAUUCAGCGACUGCUAUUUAUGUCUUAUCAAUGUAAUGUUGUCGAUUGCAUGUUUCAUU